CGCGGGCUGCUCACAGCCCGGCCCCGGGCGCUGCGGCCGGCGCGCGCGCGGGCGCGGAUCCGCGGGCAAGACGGGGGCGGGGUCUCUGCGCCCGGGCCGCCGCCGCCGCCACCUCCUCCUCCUCCGGGUAUAAGUGAGCACCGGGGCUCCGGGGCUGCGACACGCGUCCCACCGGACCAGUGAAUCGCCUUCGCCACUUUGGAAGUCGGGUCUCACCUCGCCUGCAAAUGGACCCCAACUGCUCCUGCCCAGCUGGCGGCUCCUGCAGCUGCGCUGGCUCCUGCACCUGCAAAGCCUGCAGAUGCACCUCCUGCAAGAAGAGCUGCUGCUCCUGCUGCCCCGUGGGCUGUGCCAAGUGCGCCCAGGGCUGCGUCUGCAAAGGGGCCUCGGACAAGUGCAGCUGCUGUGCCUGAUGUCGAGCAGAGCCUGCCCCACGUGUCGACAGAGCCACCUGGACAAACCUGCCGUUUACACUUUUGCGUACAAGCUGACCUGAUGCUCCAUUCCUUUGUCUCUGAAACCUGGGAAUUGGAAUAAAAG